UUCGCGAUCAGAAUAUUUUGUUAUGAUCUGCCAAUUUGCAAAUAAACAGACAGAACGCCUACAGAUUUAAGUCUUCAAACAUUUUAUCACAUUGAAGAUGAAGCCUAUCUCAUAUAUUUUAAUUCUUCUUCAGAUAUAUUCUGUAUUUUGUGAUUCCACUACUACGGACGAUAAAAAAGCAGAGUAUAUGGAAAUCUUUUCUAUACAUCAGCACUGGGAAGGUUACUAUGGGUAUAAUGGAACACGGAACUAUUGUAUGCUGUUUAUACAUUCUGAACAUUACCUGAAAAAGGGUGGACUUCUGGCGACCUUUAAAGAUAGACUUGGGGCUACGGUAGAGAUGGAAGGAGAACAGUAUGGAAGCAGCGAAUUGGACGUGAUAUUUACAGUACAUUUGAUGUUUGAUAAUGUAAACAGAUUUCCUGAAAACUUCACAUUUCGUAGCACCUUGUACCAGCAAAAUGACCUAUGGCAUAUGAAGUCGAAUGUCACUGUACCAAAGAAUGGGUUGUUUGGAGAAAUUUUGUUGCAUCAGACUGAUAGUACUGUAGGACCAUGGUUUGAUGAUGGACCAGAGCCUUGGCGAUACUUUGUGAUUAUAGGAAUUCCGAUAAUCUUGGCUGUGAUAGGAGUUUCGGGAACAGUUGGUUUGAUUUACUGGGGCAUAAAGAGAGGAUACAUCAGGCACGUCCCAAAAUCUUACAACAAUUUCAAUAAUCCUGUUCAGUUUUCAGCAAAUCGAGACAAUGUUCAUAUAUAAAUCCAGUGUUCAUAUCUCCAUUAAGAUGCAUUGUCAGCUGAAGAAUUGAGGUAGUAAAGGUGUUUGUGGAUGUUUGAAUGUGUGUGCAGUCAACUUUUGUUGUAUGUGUCAUUUACAACAGAUAUAUUCAGAUACAGAUAGAAACAUUGUUUGUAGAAUAUUUACUGAUUUUAUUAGAAUGCUCUUGUGCACUGCAAGGAAAUUUCAGGAUUGGCCUAAAGGAAUACCAGUGAUGAUUUAUAUCUGAAAAAAAGUGAGGAUAAAAAAGUUUAAGAAUAGGUAUAGACAAAUAUGUAUUGAUUUCUAGUUUAUAAGACCCACCAAAUCCGUUUUGUCAGGGUUUACACAUUGUAUGUUUAUAUUGUAAUGUCCAGUUUUAGUUUUUUCCUCAGUUUUAGAUUGCAUAUUGUGACAGUAGGCUGUUAUUAUUCUACUGUACACAUGAAUAUGUAAGGCCUACAUCUUUUUCUUUUAAUUCUAAAACCUAAAACUGAUGUUUUUUGGUGUUUGCUUAUAACUGAUCUGGUUCAGGGAUUGCAUUAAUUAUUGAAGCAGGAGAUGGAAGUUGCAAAGUAGAUGGGGAUAUAGGGGUCCUCCCUUGUAGAGCUUUACUUGCUACAGGAAGAAUAGCUGGGGCUUUAGACCACUAUAGCAUGGAACGUCGCAAUGCCACCCCCUCACCCCCCUGGCCUAAAAGAAACUUCCGUAGGCAAGUUUAUUUCUCUAGACUAAUGAUAAAUCCCCUCUUCACCAUGACAGACAAAAUCUCCCAUUCAUUCUUCAGCAGCUUUUAUUGAAAUACAUACAGAUAAUUUAUUUCAGAUAUGCAUUUUCAUCUGCUUCAACUUGGAGGCAUAUUACCUAGCAGUUUAACUUGAAUAAUUAGCUGAAAUUGCCUUGAGAUACCAAAUUGUCUUUCAUUGUUAGAUGAAUGUGGGUUGAAAAUGGCCUCUCUGGCUUAGUGGUUAAAGGUUGUGGCUUCAGAUCACUUGCUUAUCAUUUUUGGUGGGUACAGGUGGUCAUGUGAGGAGUUUUAUUCAGGUGCAGGCAUGUGCCGUAAAUAAUUAUGGGAAGUGGAAACUGGGAUCUUUAGCUACCAUUUAAGCUGGAAAGCCAUCAUGUGAUCUUGACUGUGUCUGCGUGACACACAGUGAGGGGGUGUAUAAAACCAAACAAUGUAAACAUACAAAUCAAGACAGGGAGGAAGUUAGGAAGUUUUAUAUCAUUGUGCUAUGGAAAAAAACAUGUACUUUACCAAUGAAUUCUUUGUUUUGAAUUCAUCACUUUUUGAUAGUAAAUUUCCCAUUUUACUCGGUAAACCUCUUGUUAAUGCUUUUCCAAUGGUAAAAUUUAGAUGGUUGUUAUAAUUUUUGAUGUUGUAGAAAUAUAUGCUUUUGAUGUUACACAUAACAUAUAAGUUGUGUUGUGUAUAUACUUAAAUUAUUGUAUAGGUACAAAAUGUUAAAUGCAGUUCUAA